UUAGGUUAUGUAGAAUUAUAUUUGUUUAUUUUUUUAUAACCUAAUUUCUUAUAUUCGCCAAACAGAUUUGCAUUGUGUCCCUUUAAAUAAAUAAAAAUAGAUUGGCGUUUAAUGGAAACAGAAAAUAAUGUCUUUAACGAUUUUGCAAACAUAUGUGUGGAACCACCAGAUAUUAGAGACAAGUGUUCUCAGUGCCAGAGACCUCAGAGUGUCUGCUGGUGCCCUGCUUUACCAAAAGUGCCCUUAAACCCCAAAACGAGAUUGAUAAUACUCCAACACCCUGCAGAGGAAAAAAGAUGUCUACGCACUGCUCCCAUGCUUAAAUUAGGACUAGCAAAUGAAAGAUGCGUCAUUUUUAAAGGCAAAAAUUUUAGAACUAGAUAUAAAGAACUUGAAAACAUUUUGCUUGAACCUAACACCUUAUUAUUAUAUCCUAGCUCUGAAUCUGUGAACUUGCAAGAAAUUAUCGAUAAACAUCAAUAUGAAAGCUAUAAUUUAAUAAUAAUUGAUGGAACCUGGCCCCAAGCUAAAGCAAUAUAUGCAAGCAAUUCAAUUCUACAUAAAAUAAAAAGUGUAAAGUUAACUUUAUCAAAUGUUAGUAACUACACUAUAAGAACACAGCCAACAGAUGGUUGCUUGAGUACUUUGGAGGCGGCAGCAGAAGCAUUGGCGUUAUUAGAGAAUAAUAAUGAAUAUAGGGAUAAACUUGUUAAACCAUUGCAUAUGUUGUGUCAGUAUCAAUUGGAAAAUGGAGCGGUUUCUCAUCAGAGCAAAGAGUUUCGCAUUAAGAACAAUACUUAUCCAAAAUUGAUAGGGAAAAGACUAAAGAAAAUUAUAAAUCAAACUUCAUGAUGUGUACCUUGGGCUAAAGUUAAGGCUUACAAUUAGUUGAAAAAUUUGACUACCUUGUUUCAUGUUAUAUUCUUAUUUUUUUUUUAAUGAACGUGUUUUAAUAAAUUAUUAUCUUGU